CGAUAAAUGUUCACAAGGAAUCGUUGAUAAUACGUAAUAUUAGUAUUUCGCAAAAUGUUGGACAAGAAAGACAUUUGGAACAGUCGGUACUAUAUUAUUCCUAAGGUAUACAUGACUAUAGCGGGAGUAUGGCCAUAUCAUAGACUUCGCGACAGAUGUAUACGCUUCGUGCCGAUGUUUACCUUCUGCUUUAGUAUUCUGAUACCUCAGUUACUAUACGUAUUAAACGCAAUGGAUCUCGAUGAUAUUUUCGAGGGUUUACCAUCCGUAUUGAUUAGCAUAAUAUUCAGUUACAAAAUAGCGAACAUGAUGUUCAACAGCAAACAUAUCAAGUCUUGCCUUAAAAUGAUAGAAGAGGACUGGUUAUCGUUAAAUACAGAUACGGAAAGGGUUAUACUGACACGCCACAGCGAAUACGGACGGUACCUGACGAUAUUUUACACAGUUUUCAUGAAUAUGACAGCAUUCUUUUAUUUGAUCAAACCAGUCAUUAUGACGUUAUUAGAGGACAAUGCCGCGAACGUAACAAAGUCGCCCAUAUCGGGUGCAUCGAAAUUGCCAUUUCAAGUCGAGUAUGGCAAGAAAUUAGACCAGUAUUUCUACCCAAUAACGAUUCACUGUUAUCUAGGCGUAUUCGCUCACGUAUUUAGUACAAUCGCGGUUGACACCUUUUAUUAUACUAUAGUGCAGCAUGCCUGCGGAAUGUUUUCAAUUGUUGGAUACAUGUUAGAGGAUAUCAGUAAAGAUAGUGACGCUAAUUUUCAUAUGAAGUUGGACAAGAUAGAAGACGUCAAUUACCAUAAAGCAUUAGACUGUUUGCGUAGGCAUCUUCAUGUAAUAGAAUUCGCGGAACUGAUCGAAUCUACAUUUACAAAUAUGUUCCUGAUCAGCAUUAGUUUAAAUAUGAUUUGUGGCAGUAUAGGUGGUAUACAAGUAGUGAUGAAUUUAAGCAAUGCGAGAGAUAUUGCAGCACCUUUGGCAAUCUACAUUGCGCAACUCACUCAUCUUUUCUUGCAAUUUUGGCAAGCUCAAUUUUUGUUGGACUAUAGUACUGUUCCAUACGAAUCGAUUUGCAAAGGAAACUGGUAUUACACUUCGAAAAGAUGUCGAAAAAUAUUUCUUUUAAUCAUGAACAGAACUAUGUCACCUUGCAAAUUAACUGCUGGUAAAAUCAUGACUUUAUCAAUUGAAAGCUUUGCUGCGGUUCUAAAAACAUCGAUGUCUUAUUUUACGGUGUUACGUUCUUUCCAGUCAUGA